AUCGCACGCGCGAAGUGUUUGUUUUGGUGUGACGUCAGACCACGUGACUUAUGAGCGCUUUUUCGAUGUCUUUCUUUUUCGUCGUUUUUUCUCUUUUUUUAAUUCUCAGCCGCGCGAUCGCCAACCAGACGCCAACUAUUGGUCUGGCCAUUAGUCCGUCGGCUGCAGCCGUUCAUCAACCCGCACAUCAACAGUUUGUUCUGACCUGUCGUGGUAUUGGAGCCGAACCGAAUCUGUUUUCUGACCUGAAAUGGUUUGACCCCCGACAACAAGAGGUCACUCCCACAUAUUCCGAACGCAUUAAUCCCGAUAUUUCUGCGACUGCGCAGACAGACAACUCGGGUCGUCUGCUUCUGCACUUCGCGAACCCGACGGCCGACAAUUCUGGUCAAUACCGGUGUUCGGCGACUUUCCAACAUUCGGAUUCCUUUUCGGCGACACUUAAUCUCACGUUUUUUCAUGACGUCACGUGGGAAGACUGUCCUCCCAUUCAAACUCUAGUUUUGGGCGCAAAGAGUGAAAACCGGAUCCGAUGCGCCGCAAAAGCCAAUCCAAAGCCGACAUUGAUUUGGACUAAAGACGGAUCAACUCUUGAGACUCGAAAGCGGUUUGAAAUCGAUUCGACGGGUCUUUCAAUAGAAUCGGUUGAAUCACGUGACGGCGGUGUUUAUCGCGUUCGCGCUCUCGUAGCCGAAACUGGUCGUCUUCACGACACUUUCAUAACCGUCCAAAUCCUCGAACCCCCGAAAAUCGAAUUCUUAGAUCCAAUGACUUCUGUGAUUGAAUCUCAAGACGCGACAAUUCGUUGUUCAUCUCGAGGAACUCCUCCGCCACUCUACACUUGGUUUGAUUCGCAUAAACGCAAUUUGUCUUCUUUGGGCGGCUUUUCUGUUGACAGAAAUUCCGGAACUCUUUUGGCGACGAAUUUUCGUUCAGAAAAUUCCGGACUUUUCUCUUGUUUUGCAGAAAACGCCGCCGGAUCCGAUGAAAAGACAACUUUAGUGCGAGUUCUUCGUCGACCACGUGUUUCUCAUUUCGCGAAUUCAUCUGUGGAUCAGAAUUCUGAAGCCGUUAUUCGAUGUCACGUUUUAGGAGAUCCAAAGCCGCAAUUGUCGAUCAGAAGAGACGGAGAUUCGCGAUCUUUGGCCACAGGAGAUCCACGCGUGUCUUUAUCCGUAUUAUCUGGAGAUUUAAUUGACGAACAAAUUCUCGAAUUACGUCUUAAUCCUAUUACGCGUAAAGACGACGGCCUCUACUUCUGCCGCGGACACAACGACGCCGGAAUCGCCGAAAUGGCCGCUCAUCUUGAAGUCCGUUUUGCACCGGAUAUGAGUCGAACGCCUUUGACUUCCGUCAAACAUUGGGACAGAAAUCCAGUCAACAUCACGUGCAUCGCGGACGCCAUUCCGAACGCAACGAUUCGUUGGUUUUUUAGAGGACAACAAAUACUCCAGAAUUCGAUUUAUUCUUUCGUGAAUUCCGAGUCCGGAAUCAGUCGUCUAGUAGUCGAUCCUCGGGCCGCUUCUCAACGCGAUAUUUACGGCGUUUAUCGUUGUGAAGGAGUCAACUCUUUGGGCGAAUCGGAAAUAAUGGUCGGUUUAGAAGAAGCCUUUCGUCCGGGAAUUAUAUCAGCGGUUAAUCACGAAUCAGUUUUUCCCACUUCUAUAACAUUCCGAUUAGUGGCGCCAUCUUUUGACGGCGGAAUGUCUAUUAAUGCAAUUCACGCGCAUUUCCGAAGAGAUGACUCGGAUUUCCCGCAAUGGACAACUCAUCGGUGGCCAUUAGAUCGGUCAGAACGUUACUUCAUAAGUGGUCUUCGGCCGCGAACGCGAUAUGUGUUUCGAUUUUCGGCUGAAAAUGCGGUCGGAAUCGGAGACUUUUCUCCCGAAAGAGUUUUGGCCACUGCACCCGAAUCGCCACCCGAUCGUCCACUUUUCGCCAACACGGGACCAGCUAAUGGGGUGAUAGAGUCGUCCUUUGGUGGAGAGAUGUCGUUGUCGUGGUCUUUACCGGCAGAUAAUGGAAAACCGAUUCGUUAUUUCGAAAUCCAAUGGUUCGGCGUUCGGCCGACAGAUGGAGACUUUGAACGCAUUAAUCAAGACAUUCAUUCGGCUUCGGUGUCGACAUCUGACACUUCUUCCACUUCUUAUACGAUUCGCGGUCUUAAACCGAAUUCCUUUUACAGAACGGAAAUUCGCGCUCAAAAUGAAUUGGGUUUUUCUGAUUCGUCUUCACUUAUCUUUAGAACUGCCGACGUCUCGCACGACGUCUCGGACGACACUCCGGACGACGAAUCGCCGAUUUCCGUGUCUUUGAUCGCCGGCAUUUCUUUGGCUUUAAUUAUCAUUUUAUUGAUAACAAUGGAUAUCGUGUUUUGUAUUCGACUUCGAGUCGGAAUUUCUUAUUUCCUUUUGAAUCAAAUUUGUAUUUCCGGUCGAAAACCAUUCGAAAACAGUUCGGCAAUUACCGCGUCUGCCGAUAAUCCCGCAUUUGAACCGCACGCCCGCUCUCACGCGUCUCUACUCAGAGCCGAGGACACGCUUCACGCGCCUUUUAUGGCGUCGUCACGUGGAUCCGCGCGAACUCGCGAUUCCGCCGUUUAGUCAUUGAUUUCAUUGUAUUUUCCGUCCAUUUAUUGAAAUAAAAGAUUAGAUUUCAGGAG